GGAGGUCACUCUUGAAUUUCUGCCCUGUCAUUCAUCAGACGACCAAAACCACUGAUCGAAGCUUCUUUAUUUUAAAAUGCAGGCCAUAGCAAGUCCUCUAACCUGCUACCCUAUCCGACUACGACCCAAACAAGACAUACAGCAGGCCAUGCUGGACUUUGUGAAGAUGAAUGGACUUAAGGCUGCCUUUGUGAUGACUUGUUGUGGUAGUGUUACCAAGGCCAAGCUGAGGAUGGCAGAUUCCGCAACGAUCAAGGAGCUGACUGGUCAUUUUGAGAUUGUCUCCCUUGUUGGCACGCUUUCUGGUGGCGAAAAUGGACAUCUUCAUAUAUCAUUGAGUGAUCCUGAAGGUCAUGUGAUUGGAGGUCAUGUUGUUGGUGACCUCAUUGUUUACACAACUGCUGAGGUUGUAAUUGGUGAAUGCACAGGGGCAAAGUUCGAACGAGAAGAUGACCUUGAGACCGGCUAUGAUGAACUUGCAAUUUAUAGAAAAUAAACACGUUACUAGAUCACAGUAGUAGCUGACUGUAAUACACAGAUAAAUUUGGUCACAUUAAUAUUUUGUCCUCACAAAGAUACACAACAAUGGCAUUACCUCGCUUUGAGCUAAUCCAGAGAACAUUCACCACUGAAUUUAUUUGCAGUAAUCAAUGUUGUGGCUGAAUAGUGUGCAAUGUCAAACUGUUUCUUGUUAUGAGAUAAAUCUGUUAUAGGAACUACAUGUUAAGAGUUUUUAUCUAAUGCAUAUGCUUUUAGGGAGGACAGGUUAUGGGUUAACAGCUUAUAAGGUAAACAGGGCUCUUCUCAAUUCUCAAUUCAUGUCAUCACAAAUUCAGUAUCUGUUGACUCAUAUUUUAUUAGAUCAAUCCAGUUGUUAAUGGUUACCCCCAAAACACAAAUGUUGCUAAUGGCACCCUAUGAGACACUGUCAAGAGAAGGUGGGCAUGACUACUCUCAGGGUAAUGUUCUACAAUGGUUGUAAUAAACAGUGUAUGAAAUCACAGCUGUGCUCUCAUUGCGCAGCAUGUAAUCACAGGAACUUUUCGGGAGCCAUGCUUUACCCUGUGGUUUAACUGAAUCCACGAUAUUGCAUGUGGUGUUAUUACGAGGGAUGCCUGUAUUACCACCUGUACCUCAAUUGAAGUAUGGAAUCUAAAUAUCACGACACAAGUCUGAAAUAUGCUGGAAUCCUACAUAGAUUUACUGGUUUGAAAUAAUGGUUGAGAAGUAGUUCUUCACAUAGUAAGCCAAGACUUGAGCAGUUCUUUUGUGAAAGAUGAUUUUCUGGCAUGAUAUAUAAUAGACUGAGUAACAGGUCUUCACAUAUUGAGCUAAUACUUGUGCAAUAUAUUUGAAUCUGGUAUUUGCUGGUCAAGUACCAUUGAAGUUGGAGCCUCAGGAACUAUAUACAUUUUUUACUGCUGAUUCAUUGAUAUCUGUAUUAAGAAAUCAAGGCAGAGGUGGGUACAGUGCUACCAUUAUCUAACAUUUAUCUGCAUUUAUAAAGGAACGGGUGGCCCAAUCAUCUAAGUCACUGCAAUUCACCUUGCUGAGUUCUUGGUUUGGAUCCUGCUGCUUCCUGAUUUUGUUGUUAGCUUACUAAGUGCCAUAUAUAUUCACUGAAGUGUUAAGUGUCUGAUAUCUGCAUCUGCUUGGGCUUUCCUCUCACAUCUAAGCCACUGCAAAACACCUUGCAGAGAUGUGUCCCUUGCCAGAUAUCUGUGGAUGUGCUUUGUACUGAUUAUGUUGCCAUAGUGUUAAGUAACUGAUAGCUGCAUCUGUUUAGGCUUUAAUCUCACAUUAAGCUGACAUGCCGUACUACAAAUAAAUUACUUUUGAAAGCAGUGUUUUGCCCAACUGUUGUUUUAAUUGCUUGUUGUAAGGGACAACUAAAUAAAUUGGAUAGUCAGGCCAUGUGGCUAGUAUGAUUGCCAGGUGCUCGUGAUAUCAACCACUUGUUUGUCUGAUCAAGACUUGAUUAUUUAUAUGCCAACUUAUUACCAUUUCACCAUUAAAAAACAAACACCAAUCAAUGCUAAACAACUGUUUCUAUUGUGUCCAUUCUGACUGUUUACUGUCUGAUGAUUUCAACUUGAUUUAAGCCUGUGAUAGUGUGUGUGGCAAUUUUGUUUAUGCCCUUAGUGCAGUAUGAGCAAAGUAUGGUCUAUUUUAGCCAAUCCAGUUUGAGUGACAACAUUAAGGUGCUUGACAUGGUUCCAUUUCUAUGACCAGCACUGUUGCUUCACUGCUUUUAUGUGUGAAGUUUGUUUGUUGUUUAAUGCCACAUCUGGGGGUUAUGUAUGAAGUAAUGCAAGUCACAGGGUAGACAAUGCAUUUCUGUCAUCUGUGUUUGAUCUGGUGCACAGAUGUUGCAGCUGUUUGGCCUAGCAUCCUUUCUGUAGGUAACAAUAUAUCUUUGAUAGUUCAGAAUCAUGAAAGGAGGCCCUUAUUUGACCAAGUUUUGGCUAAUAUUUACCUGAGUUCAGUGACUUUUGGAUUGUUACAUAAGGCCAUUUAUGUAUUGAAUUUUGGGGUAGAACUCAUUUCAUGUAUAUUUUAAAGGAUUGGUUCACCCUAGGAAUUACAGAUACUGUUAUUUUUCUCCAGUGAUAAAUGCAUUAAAAUGUCCACCACUCACUUUGUGUUUUGAACAGGAUCCUCAACAGAAUUUCCCCAUUUCUAGCUUACCUGAACAUUCAAGGUGUGCAUGGAGCAUUUUUACACCUUCCAUCAUUAACUUUAAUAACAUCCCUUCUGAAACAACCAUUCCUCAGUAAUUGUAAAAAUGGCAGCAAUGCAUUUGUAUUGGAACUUUUACCAAUAACUCGGUCAUUUCUUUGCAUAUACAUGCAUAUUAAUCAAAUAGGAUACAGACUAUUACUGUGUCAUAAGGCCAUGUGAUUUUAACAGAAUAUUGGCGUAUUUUCUUGUUUGGGUGCAACCAUGGCCAGUGGCCUUAUUAUUCUGCUGUAUUGACAUCUUUGAAGCCUAUGAGCUUAUAAACCUGAAGAUUUGUGUCUCUAAUUACAUGCCCAAGGAAUUCUAACAUGAUUUAAGACAAUGCCAUGGUACUCCUAUACAAAAUGUCACUAUGGCUGAUUGCCAAUUAUGUACAUAUCACUUUUGAAAUAGCUUAUUUCAUUAGAUAAUAGUGAAUACAUUUCUGUUUAGUGUUUUAAUUUUUGGCCCAGCUAUGGUCUUUGACUAUUACUUAAUCUAGUUAAUCAACAUAUUUUUACACCUCCAAUUUUAUGAAGCUGUCACUAAAAUAUACAACACAAUUACAAUUCUGUUUGUGAUAGUCAUUGUAUCAAACUUGUCUUACUUAAUUUUCAAGUUAUUUUCUACUGUAGUACAGUACAGAAUAGGACAGGUCAGUUAAUGGAUGGUUUCUGAAUGAUAACUUGGGUAUGUGUCUAGAACAGUACAUUUGGUUAUGUGGAGGUAUGAAAGCAAAUGUUUGAUUGUUGCUCUUACAUUUUGGUGCCAAGAUUUAUUGCCUUGUAAUAAUGUAAAAUGUGUUUGAAUAAAGGAUAUAUGUUACUGAUAAA